GAGAAGUUUACAACUGGCUUCGCACUGAGCAAGCAACUGCUGCGAAGCAAGAUGCCCUUGGAGUUCAGGAGAGUGUGCGUCCUCCUGCCGAACCGAGAGGAGCUCAGCGUGGCCGUAGGGCUAAAAGCCACUGGACAGGAACUCUUCCAGAAAGUUUGUGACUUACUGCAAAUUAAAGAUCCUCACUUGUUCGGUAUCAGUGUCUUAAAAAACAAUGAAUAUGUAUUUAUUGACCUGGAGCAGAAGCUUUGCAAAUACUUUAUAAAGGAAUGGAAGAAAGAGACAAGCAAAGGAACAGAGAAGUUCAGCCCUCCCCUGGUUACAUUCUUUAGAGUGCAGUACUAUGUGGAAAAUGGACGGGUUAUAAGUGACAAGGUAUCGCGGCACUAUUACUACUGCAAUCUCAGGGACCAAGUGCUGAGGUCUCGGUGCCCGAACAAAGAAGAAAUCUACUUCCUGCUGGCUGCUUACGGUCUGCAAGCGGAUGUGGGUGACUACCAGGAAAACCUACAUAGCGUGAACUAUUUUCAACCCCAGACUUAUUUUCCGCAAUGGAUAAUUGCAAAGCGAGGGAGCGAUUAUAUCCUGAAGCAUGCACCAGAGAUCCACCGAGAGCAGCAGGGCCUGACCACAAAAGAAGCUCUUCUGAAAUAUGUCAAGGAGUCCUGUUUGCUGGAAGAUGUGCCGGUUCACUUCUACAGAUUGCAGAAGGAUAAGAAAGAGGAUCGCCCUACUAUCAUCCUGGGCCUGACCCUUAAAGGGAUACAGAUUUAUCAGGAUGUGAACCAUGUUCGAGAGCUGCUCUAUGACUUCCCCUGGUCACAUAUUGGAAAACUCGCAUUUCUGGGGAAAAAAUUUGUGAUCCAGCCAGAUGGUUUGCCUUCUGCCCGGAAGCUGAUUUACUAUACAGGCUGUCCCUUCCGUUCUCGGCAUUUGCUUCAGCUGCUCAGCAACAGCCAUCGGCUGUUCCUUAACAUCCAGCCCGUGCUUAAGCAGAUACAGAUGCUUGAAGAUGCAGAAGAAAAGAAACGAUAUCGAGAAUCUUACAUCAGCGACACAUUGGAGAUGGAUCUUGAUCCAUCAGACAAGCAUUCACAUGACAGCGGGAGCAGCAGAGGAAGCGAAAGGAACAAUUGUCUGUCUCGGCAGUCAACAGAGAGCCAUGGCAGUUCACACACAUCUGGCAUUGAGGCUGACUCGAGGCAUCGGAUGUCCGUGGAAAUGUCUGUGGAUGAACCCUUCAUCAUGGAUCGGGUUCAUCAGAAGGAGAAGUCCUGUAGCUCAACCGUCAGCUAUGGCAGCUCUGGUGUUGAUAGUGGCAGCAAAGGCAAAGCAGACGACUCCCAGGAUGAUGAAGCUGAACAGGUGGAUGAGCCAGAAGAGGUAUCUGUGGACGAGCUUCACUCAGAAGAGGCCAUGAAUGGAAUGUCUGUGGAUACUCUUGCAGUAGGCGGUCUUUGCUGUCAAACAUUUAAUAGGAACCCUCUUUCAGUAGUCCAGGUCACCUUAAUAAAAGUCAAAGGACAAAGUGUGGAAUCCCUUCAUCAGCAGGUGGCGCAGUCCAAAGCUAUGAAGAGUCCAGACCAGUACAGCCAAAGUUUAGAUGACAUUCGCCUUCACAAGCAUCUUCAUCCACCAUUAAGUGCCACAUUGUCUUCAGAUACCUCCCAUAGCUACACGUUUGGUUGUACCUUAGAGGAUAAGCUGGCCAACUAUGGUUGUGUGUAUUCAACGGCCGACUGCAAAACCAAGUCAGCCCUAUAUGGGAAGAGGUCCAUGAACUGUCUGUCUCUAGAUCUCUUGGGAGAAGAUCCACUCCCAGAGGAAUUUGUGGUGUAAUCACAUUCGGAGACCUCUUGGACUAUUUUGGAGAAGAAU